ACAAGCUUGUUUUAAAAUGUAUUUCAAGUAUGUAUUUGGCCAGCAGACACCGCUCCUCCUCCUCCUGCGACUGAGAGCAUGCUGUUGAACGGCAGGAAUGUGACGGUGGUGGGUGAGCGGCUUUGCUGGUCCGAUGCUCUCCUCUACUGCAGACGUCAUCACUGGGACCUGCUGAGCAUUCUGAGCCGAGAGGAGCAGAGCGAGGUGGAGCAGCUUCUGAGCCGAGGUUCUUUCCUGCUCACAGAUCAUGUCUGGCUGGGGUUGCGCAGACAGAUAAUGGGGGACAGCUGGUUCUGGAUGUCCGGUGAAGCCAUGGAUUUUACCAAAUGGCAGGACGAUUCUGCCCCCCAACGUGUGAGUCACGCCUGCGGAGCUGUAGCCAGAGGAGAGAGCUUCCUGUGGAAAGACAGGCCGUGUGAGGAGCACCUCAACUUUAUCUGCCAUUCAGGUGGCGAGGAUGGAGCACAUAGAGUGUAUUUCUACAGCAGCCGCCAAGACCCACAUACCUAGUACUUUAGGGUUCUAUUAGAGCCUACAGCGCAGUAACAGGCUUAAACUAAUUAUAGGAGAUAUCUUCUCACAUUCAGCAUAUUGAGGAAAUACAUUUUAAAUGUUUGUAAUCAAGUCAAGACUUCACCUGUCAAAUAAGGAGGAUAGUAUAAAAAAUAAGAAUAAAAUGCUAAAUAUCAGAGAAGAAUUGAUCCCAAAUGAUUUGAGCCUGAACCUAGAAACAAAACUGAACCUUCAACUUUUUCUCAACAUUUUAACUUUUUAUAAUUUGUUAUAAAAAGAAAAUCUUCUCCCUUCUAUAUUUUUUAAUUACCCCCUGGACAAAUAGAGGUUUUUUUUAAUUGAAUUGAAUUUAUUUCCCUCAUGUCCAAUACUUCUUGGACAGUUUGUUUUUAAGUCAAAGAAAGCCUC